AUGAGUGGUAUGCUUGGUCCUGUCAUUUGGGACACUUUUAGAACUAUUGCGGCAAUUUGCACUCUCGGAUUGUCAUCAGUGGAUGAUGGUGGAUUGAAGGCGUUUACACACGAGGCGGUUCUGUUUGCUGUUCAUUGCCGCAAUUGUGGUCGUACAAUGGCUCUUACCUGUGAGCUUUCAACGUCUGGAAAGUAUAUUCGCUGGGGCGGCUACUUGUUAUAUACCAAAGAUAGGAAAUCGCGAGAAUUUAAUCCGCAUAUGCCUUACAACAAGAUCAAAAAGGUGUUUGACGGGAUGUGGGAGGAAUACAAUUUGAUUUCUGCUAACUGUAUGCAUUGGGCAAGAGAUUUCUAUGGAAGAAUUUGUGAUUGA